ACGCGAGUGAAUCUGAGAGAGAAUCGGUCGCUAAUCUCGGACUAAACUGGCGAGCACGGAGUGCCAAAUGCCCCCAGUAGUCCGCGGUGUUGGUCCAGGGAAUCGGUGAAGAAGUACAACAACAGCAGCCAAGGAAUCCGAUAGCACAUCAUUGUUUCGCGGAAGAAGAAACGUAGCAAAAGACGAACAACCAGCCUGCAUCCCUUCGCCCGAGUAUGCAGUGCUAGUGCAGACACACACAAUUGCUGCAAUUCAUUUGUCUCGUUUAAGUGAAAGGGGUGCGUGUGGGUGGGCGAGCAAUGGCUACGGUCAUUCAUUAAAAGGGAAAAGACCAACCUCCCUCUCCGUGGCCCGCGAUGGUAGGCUUGAUUAGCCAGCCUUCAGCAGCAGCAGCACUAGCAGAGUGAGGGCAAACAAGUCGACCUUUUCCAAAGCAACGACCGACACCCAUCGCACGCCAUUAUUGAUGGGAUGCUGCCGCAGUGAUGUGCUGUGAUCGUUUUCCGUGUUAAUCAGUGCGUGUAGUUUGUCCGAGAGCGUCGGGCAGCCGAAAUCUACCUAGGGCCACAACACGAAUUGCUACGAAAAGUGUUAACUCGCAACCAGAGGAGACAGCAAAUAGAGUGCCAAGUGCUGGUGGAAAGUGGAAGAAGAACUUGUUCUGGUUCUCCAUUCAUCAGAACAAACCGGAGAACAAUCCGUAGUUUCGGAUGUGUUGAUUAUCAAUCGACGCUUGCCGGAACAUCCCGUAGGCCAAAGAUAGUUAAAGGUACCAAAGGAAUAAUUCCUGCAGCCAACGAAACCAAAACGCGUAAGCAACAAGCCAUGCCACCACUGAACAGCUUCAACGGGAACGGUGGAGAUGCCGGUGGUGAGGGAGCAGGAGGUGAAGGAGGAGGAGGAGGAGGCCGAGGAGAAAGAGUUGGAUGUGGAGAUAUUAUCUGCUCGUUGGGUUCCGUACCCGCUGGACAAUCGACAUCCAUUGUCGCGUCAAAUGAUCUUUCGCAGACAACUGGUGGUUCCGGCGGGGGCAACACAACAACCACUAAACCCAGGUUCUCCUGUCCACAUUACGCACAGAAGGUGCUACUGAACCUGAACGCACUGCGGCUCGAUAAAAGGUUUUGUGAUGUUGAAAUUCGUGCCAGCGGAACUACGGUGCACGCCCAUCGGGCGGUGUUGAGCGCGAGUUCGGCAUACUUCGAGGCGAUGUUCCGACCGGAGCUGGGCCUCAGCGAAGGCAAGCAGCGCUCCGUUACGCUACACUCGAUCCGGGCCGACAUUCUGGAACUGCUGAUCGGCUUCGUCUACACGGGUCAGAUUGAAAUCGAACAGAGCAACGUGCAGGAGCUGCUGGCGGCCGCCGAUAUGCUGCAGGUACCGGAGGUGGUCGACGGAUGCUGUGAGUACCUGUGCCGCGAGCUGCACUCAUCGAACGCAUUGGGUAUUCUGCGGUUCGCUGAAGCCCAUAACUGUCGCCAGUUGGCCGAAGUGGCGUCCAACUUUGUUUACAGUAACUUCCCAAAGGUCGCACUCGAGGACGAGCUGCUGGAUGUACCAUACGCGCUGCUUGUCAAGGUGAUCUCAUCGGAAGCACUGCGGGUCGAUAGUGAGCAUCAGGUGUUUAAUGCGGCAUUGCGUUGGAUCCGCCAUGAUGUCGUCCCACGGCGACAGUACGUGUUCGAGAUAUUGUCGCACGUGCGCAUCGCCCUCGUUCCCGUUUCGUUGAUCGACCAGGCAAUCGGAGAAUGCCGGGAUGUUUCGCUGAAGAUAGCGUUACGCUCCGUACGCAAGGAUCUGACAUCGCGACGGGGGCAGCUUGUACCGUUGCGCGUCUGUCCGCGCGUGUGCGCCAAAAAGAGCAUCUACGUAAUCGGCGGAUCACGCCGGGAACAAUCGGCCGGCUGGACGCCGACGGAUUGGAUUUUUGAGUCCGUUAUCAAGUAUGAUAUCUUUGCCCGCGAAUGGACGGAAUCGGCACCGAUGGAGAUUGGCCGGAUAUUGCCCGGUGUUGCGGCACUCGGUGGCAAGAUCUACGUGAUCGGUGGCGAGCGCGGUAGCCAGAUACUGGCGAAUGGGGAAGUGUAUGACACGCAGAACAACAACUGGGAACCGAUGGCACCGAUGAAUGUGCCGCGCUGUGAGUUUGGACUCUGCACGCUCGGUGGUACACUGUAUGCGAUGGGUGGUUGGAUCGGCGAAGACAUCGGUGGUUCGAUCGAAUGCUACGAUCCGAUGCGCAACUCAUGGCGUAUGGUAGGCGAUUUACCCGAGCCCAAGUUCAGCAUGGGUGUCGUGAGUUUUGAAGGCCUGAUCUACAUCGUCGGUGGAUGCAAUACUCACUCGAGAUAUUUAACGGAUCUUAUAAGCUAUAAUCCGGUGACUAACGAAUGGACAAAGCUUGCCCGCAUGCAGACGGCCCGCUGCCAGAUGGGGGUAGCCAUUCUAGAUCGGCAUCUGUAUGUCGUCGGUGGCAAUAGCAGCCAGCAGGAGGUACUGCGUACCGUUGAGCGUUACAGCUUCGAUGAGGACAAGUGGUCUAUGGUUUCUCCGAUGACGGUACGCCGUUCGAGCCCUGCCGUGGCUGCUGCUGAUGGGCUGUUGUACGUCGCUGGCGGUGAUCAACCGUGCGAAAUUAACUUCUAUCGUGCCCAGAUCACGAUCACCUCGUUCGAGUGCUACGACCCGAUCGCCGAUCAGUGGAAAGUCUGUCCGGAUCUGCCGACCAGCCGCUCUGAAGCUGGUGCAGUUGUCGUAUAGAUAUAAGCAGAAUCCCAGCAGCACAGUAUUCUCAUAUCUUCUUCCAUCCAUCGAUUUGACGCCGUAUAGUAAACAAGCGAACGAACAUGUUCCGGAACGUUUCGAAUAUUGUACAUGUGCUCCCUCCUUUCCUGUAUCGCGUGUGGAAGGGUAAGGGAGCGCAUUUUUGGAAUCUUGUCUAUAAACAACAGCAGCGACGAAGUAGAUCAGGGAGAGCUGCUUGGCGUUUGUCUUAUACUCAGCCAUUCUUUGCUAUUGCUGUAGCACUCUUGGUUUCCGUUCGCAUGUCAUCGCGGCAGUCAAUCCGUUUCUAAUUGUUGCAAUAAAGAACUAUUUUAUCAGAAA